AUGAAUCUUUCAAAUAAAGUUGUUUCAACUUUGAUUAAUAAUGGAACAACAAAUAAAUUAUUAUGGAAAACCGGAUGGACGGCGUUAAUGAAAGGAUCAUUAAUUUAUCAAUCAAAUUUUGAGUCUAAAAGAUUUUUACAUUUAAGAAGUAAUAAUAGAAUAUUAUUACAUAAUACAUCUUUGAAUUUAAUUUUAAAUAGAAGAUACUAUUCUGAUAAAGAAAUUAAAAAAGAUGAUAAUAACAAUAAUAAUACAACGAAUAAUUCAGUAUCACCUUCAAUGUUACCUAAGGAUCCAAUAGGAUCAAGAACUAAUGAAACUGUUAAUCAUGCUGUAUUAGCAAAACAAGAACAACAAGCAAAUAAUGAUAUUACAAGUGCAGAUGCACAAGCAAUUUUUUAUAAAUUAUUAUUAAAAGCAAAUUAUCCACAAUAUGUUGUCUCUAGAUUUGAAACACCUGGUAUUGCUUCAUCACCUGAAUGUAUGGAAUUAUAUAUGGAAGCUUUACAAAGAAUUGGUAGACAUUCAGAAGCCGAUGGGGUUAGACAAACUUUAUUAACUGCAAGUUCGGCAGGUGCAGUUAAUCCAUCUUUAGCUUCAUCAAGUACAACUAAUCCAAAUUAUCAUAGUAGCCCAGGACCAUCUUUAUAUAAUCCAUUUUAUGGUUCAAAAAAAGAACCUUUGCAUGUAAUUGUAUCAGAAUCAACUUUUACUAUAGUAUCAAGAUGGGUUAAAUGGUUAGUAUUCUUUGGUUUGCUAACUUAUGGUUUAUCUGAAUUAUUUAGAUAUAUUACAGAAAACACAACACUCUUGAAAAAUUCAGAAGUUGCAGAUAAAUCUGUUGAUGUUGCAAAGACUAAUGUUAAAUUUGAUGAUGUUCAAGGUUGUGAUGAAGCUCGUUCAGAAUUAGAAGAAAUUGUGGAUUUCUUAAAGGAUCCAACCAAAUAUGAAGCCCUUGGUGGGAAAUUACCAAAAGGUGUAUUAUUAACAGGUCCUCCAGGUACUGGUAAAACUUUAUUAGCUAGAGCUACCGCCGGUGAAGCAGGUGUGGAUUUCUUCUUUAUGUCUGGUUCUGAAUUCGAUGAAGUUUAUGUCGGUGUAGGUGCUAAACGUAUUAGAGAUUUAUUUUCACAAGCUAGAGCUAGAGCACCUGCUAUUAUUUUUAUUGACGAAUUAGAUGCAAUUGGUGGUAAACGUAAUCCAAAGGAUCAAGCUUACGCAAAACAAACUUUAAAUCAAUUAUUGGUUGAAUUAGAUGGGUUUUCUCAAACGUCGGGUAUUAUAAUCAUUGGUGCUACUAAUUUCCCAGAAUCCCUUGAUAAAGCAUUAACAAGACCAGGUAGAUUCGAUAAGAUAGUUAAUGUUGAUUUGCCUGAUGUUCGUGGUCGUGCUUCUAUCUUAAAACAUCAUAUGGAAAAGAUUACUUUAGCAGAUGAUGUGGAUCCAACUCUUAUUGCUCGUGGUACUCCAGGCCUUUCAGGUGCAGAAUUAGCAAAUUUAGUUAAUCAAGCUGCAGUGUAUGCUUGUCAAAAGGAUGCAGUCUCUGUCAAUAUGACUCAUUUAGAAUGGGCAAAGGAUAAGAUUUUAAUGGGUGCUGAAAGGAAAACUAUGGUUUUAACUGAAGCCGCAAGAAAGGCUACUGCAUUCCAUGAGGCCGGACAUGCAAUUAUGGCAAUGUUUACCGCUGGUGCAACUCCUUUAUACAAAGCUACUAUUUUACCAAGAGGUAGAGCUUUAGGUAUUACUUUCCAAUUACCUGAAAUGGAUAAAGUAGACACUACGAAGAAAGAAUGUUUAGCUCGUCUAGAUGUUUGCAUGGGUGGUAAGAUUGCUGAAGAAAUAAUUUAUGGUAAAGAAAAUACUACCAGUGGAUGUGGUUCUGAUUUACAAAGUGCUACAGCUACUGCAAGAGCAAUGAUAACUCAAUAUGGUAUGAGCGAAUCUGUUGGUCCAGUUAAUCUUUCAGAUAAUUGGGAUAGUUGGUCGAACAAGAUUAGAGACGUUGCUGAUAACGAAAUUAUUGAAGUUCUAAAAUCAUCUGAGGAUAGAACUAGGGGUUUGUUGAACAAGAAAAGUGUUGAAUUACAUAGAUUAGCAGAAGGUCUAAUAGAGUAUGAAACGCUGGAUGCUAAAGAAAUGGAGAAAAUUUGUAAAGGUGAAUCGAUUAAUAAAAUAAAAAAUUCCACAAAUAAAGUAAUUGAUGGUCCAGAUAGCGAUGAACGUAAAGAUAUUGGAGGCAGUAAGCCAAAGAUACCGACUCUAAUUAAUGCUUAG